UUGCAAUGUACUCCCCGCAGAGCAAAGCCAAACAUGAAAAAAUCUACUCUGGUCUGAAAAAGAAGUUCUCAACUGUCAAGAAGGGCGAGGACUAUCGCGCCCACUCGGGAAAAGUCCAUUCCAUCUCGUGGAACUCAACUGGGAACAGAAUAGCGUCAUGCUCGAGUGAUAAAACUGUAUCUGUUUUUGACUUCGAUGGAACGAAGUUGUCGAGAAGCCCGACGUGUCUGAGAGGUCACACUGACUCUGUAGACCAAGUAGCGUGGUGUGGUAAGAACUCGGACCUGCUAGUCUCUGCUUCGGCUGACAAAUCCAUCCGACUGUGGGACUGCAGAAAUCUGUCCACUAAAAUAUCACCUGUCACAAUUGCAACCAAGGGCGAAAAUAUUAAUCUGUGCUGGAAUCCUACCAAUACAAAUCAGGUACUGGUGGGAAAUAAAGAAGAUCUAAUCAGUGUUUUCGACAUCCGAUCUCAAAAGUCAAUCAUAGACCAGCAGUUCCGGUUUGAAGUGAAUGAGAUGUGUUUCAACAAUGCGGGAAACCUCAUUUUCCUGACAACUGGAAACGGGACUAUUUUAGUACAAAGUUUUCCAGAAAUGAAGUUGCAGUCUACAAUUAAAGCGCAUUCUUCAAGUGCAAUAUGUGUUAAAAUGAGCCCCGAUGGAAAAUACUUCGCAACAGGAGGAGCUGACGCGGUGGUGUGUCUGUUCGACUACUCCACCUUCAUCUGCAUCUCAGCUGUGUCCAGACUAGACUGGGUCAUCCGGGUGAUCGGGUUCAACCACGACAGCUCCAUGCUAGCUGCUGGCUCAGAGGACACUUUCAUUGAUGUGAGCUAUGUGCCGACCUGUUCUGGCAUUGGCCAAGUACCUCUAGACAACCCACCGGCUAAUGCACUCUGCUGGCAUCCCAGAGCAAAUGUACUGGCUUACGGCGCCGAUGAAAAGGAAAGAGACAGAGAAUACGGAGCUAUUAAACUUGUGAAUGUUGAUGCUGCGUAAAUAAUUAUUACAAAACUAUUCUUUCGGAAAAAUUGGUUGAACUGAAGUUGAUUGUUUUAAAGUCUGAUGUUUUUUGAGCUAAAUUUUGUUGUCUGUUCAUUCAUGUUGUAAGUUAAAUUUACAGAUUUUAGGAGUUAA